CUGGACAGAAACAAGUUCUCGUACCAGGAAAACAGCUCCGGAACGAUGCUAACAAACAACAGUGAGGUGAGGAUUGUGAUGGUGGGGAAGACCGGGAUUGGAAAGAGCGCCACCGGAAACACCAUUCUGGGUCGAGACUACUUCCAGUCCAAGUGCAGUCCCAUGUCUUUAACCAUGUUCUGUGCUAAAGGCCGGACUGUGAUAGAUGGACAGACGGUCGCCGUCAUCGACACACCUGGGUUUUUUGACACCAGGUUUGAGGAGGAGAAAAUAACCAAAAAUCUGAGUCAGUGCAUCAAAUAUGCUGCUCCUGGACCCCACGUCUUCCUGGUGGUCAUCUCACUGACCAGAUUCACCGAGGAGGAGAAGCAGACGGUGAAACAGAUCCAGGAAGUGUUUGGACAGGCUGCAGACAGAUACAGCAUGGUCCUCUUUACUCAUGGAGACAACCUGGAAGGAACCACCAUUGAAAGGUUCCUGUCUGACAGUCCAGAGCUKCAGGAGGUGGUGAGCAGGUGUAACGGUCAGUACCACGUCUUCAACAACAAGCUGGAGGAUGACAACUCUCAGGUCCUCCAGCUCCUUCAGAAGAUCAGAGGCAUCGUUGAGAAGAACGGGGGAAGCCACUACACCAACGAGAUGUUCCAGGAGGCUGAGAGGGCGAUCGAAGAGGAGAAACAACGAAUCCUGARGGAGAAAGAGGAGAAAAUAYGCAGAGAGAGACAAGAACUGGAGAAAGAGAUAAAGGAAAAAUAUGAAAAAGAAAUGCAGCAAAUKAAAGAAAUGAUCCAGACUGAGAGAGAGAAGGAGAAGAGGGAGAGGGAGGAGGAGUUGGAGAGGGAGAGRGAGGAGAUGAACGAAGAGAKGAGGAGGGAGUGGGAAAGGAUGAAGGUGGAGAGAGCGAGAGAAAUGGAGGAGAGAGAGAAAGAAAUGAYAAAUAUGAUGAAUGAACUAAAGGAGAAGCACGAGAGASAGAUCAGAGAACAACGAGAGCAGCUGGARGCGCAGUUCACUGCUGCGGCUCGAGAAGAAGCUGAGACCACCAGUCCGUUCCAGUGGCUCUGGGAUAUUGCCAACUUUGUAAUGAAUGGAAUCGGGUCRGCCCUCGCUUCCAAACUGAUUAGGAAAGUCGAAGGGUUGUGA